CCCCAUUAUUUUUUUUUAUAUUUUCCCCCCAUUUUUGGCUCAAUUUCCCCCCCUAUUUUUAAUUUUUUCCCUUUUUUUCGGGUGGGGGGUCUCCCCUCCCCCCUCUAUUUUAUUUGGGGGGGGUCUGCAAUACCCGGGGGUCCCUCCCAGCUCACUCUCCCCUCCCCCCCCAGGCCGGCGGGGGCCCCCCCAGCUCGGGGCCCCCCCCAAAACCCGACCCCACAACUGGGGGGUCCCCCCCUGGCCGGAGCCCAGCAGGCGGUGGGCAACAAAGUGCUGGCCUGGAGCGGCGUGCUCGAGUGGCAGGAGAAACCCAAACCUGCCCUGGUGGACUCGAGCACGAAGCUGACGCGCUCCCUGCCCUGCCAGGUCUACGUCAACGCCGGGGAGAACCUGAAAACGGAUCAGUGGCCCCAAAAGUUGAUCAUGCAGCUCAUCCCACAGCAGCUCCUGACCACCCUGGGCCCCCUUUUCCGCAAUUCCCGCAUGGUUCAGUUCCAUUUCACCAACAAGGACCUGGAGUCGCUCAAGGGGCUCUACAGGAUCAUGGGCAACGGCUUCGCUGGCUGCGUGCACUUCCCACACACGGCCCCGUGUGAGGUGCGGGUUUUGAUGCUGCUCUACUCGUCCAAAAAGAAAAUUUUCAUGGGUUUGAUCCCCAACGACCAGAGCGGCUUCGUCAACGGCAUCCGCCAGGUCAUCACCAACCACAAGCAGGUGCAGCAGCACAAGAUGGACCAGCAGCGAGGGCUGGGGGGCUCAGCCCCUGUUCCUGGGGCUCCCCCAUUCCUGCCCAAGCAGCCGGGGACCCUCCCUGUGACCUCGGGGGUGCAGCCACAGGUGAGCCCAGGCCUGGCGCAGGUCGGGAUCAUGGAGGAGCAGCAGCGGCAGCAGAGCCUGGUCUGGGAGACUUUUGGGGGUUUUGGGACAUUUUUGGGGGUCCUAGAGGGGCUUGAGGGAACAUUUUGUGGGUCUCAUUUUGGGGUGAUUUUCCAACAUUCCCUUUUUUUUUCCCCCCCCACAACAACCACAGCCCCCCCAACCCCCCCCCGCAGCCCCUGCACCACCCCCCCAGCCCCCCAAAACCCGGACCCCCCCAGGCUGGACCCCCCCAGCCCACCCAGGCCGGGGGGGGGGGCCCUGCUGCGCCCCCCAAAAUCCGGGGGCCAACCCCCAACUUCGGGAGCCUCCUGCUCAGCCAGCAGCCGCCCCAAGGUGGGGUCCCCCCCCCCGGCGCAGCCCCUGCACCACCUGCAGCCCCCCCCGGGACCCCCCCAGGCCCAGCCCCUGCUGCCCCCUCCCCACCAGGCCCUGGGGGCGGGGGGGGGGGCAGCUGCCCCUGCUGCACCCCCCCCCCGGGGCAGCCCUGGCCGGGGCAGCUGGGGGGGCCGCGGGCGCCCAUGCCAGGGCAGAUGCUGCUGCCCCCCGGCCCCGCGGGGCCCCCGUCCCCCCGGGGGGCUCCAGCCCGUGCAGACCCCCAGCGUGAUGGAGGAGGACUUCCUGAUGGACCUCAUCUAGGGGGGACCCCAAAGUCGGGGUCAGGACCCCCAAAAUUUGGGGUGAAAACCCCAGAAAAACCCUAAAAAAUACAAAAAUAUCCCAAAAACCCCCAAAAUCACCCCAAAAAUGCAAAGGGAGUCGCCCAAAUCAGGGUCUGCAGACGCUC